AUGUCACCAGGAAUCUUUAAGGCUUCAUGCCAUGUUCAGAUCAGACACAAGAGCUGGAUGGCUUCAGCUGCAGUGGAGGACAGGCCAGAGCUGUGUGUGUGUGUGUGUGUGUGUGUGUGUGUGUGUGUGUUUGUGUGCGUGCGUGGACAGGGACUCUCUGUGUGUGUCUGUGUUUGUGUGUAUAUGCGUACCACAGCGUGCGUGCGUGUGUGUCUGUGUGUGCGUGCGUGCGUGUGUGUCUGUGUGUGCGUGCGUGCGUGCGUGUCUGUGUGUGUGCGUGCGUGUGUUUUUGCUACAUUUUCCUCUGCAGCAAGCACAAGCCUCAGCACUCAGCGGCUCCACUAAGGUCAACACCUGUGUUUCUAAAAUGGUCCCGGGGUGGUUGGAACCCGGGGGGGCCUCAUUCACAGAAAGCUACGGCUCUAAGAGGGGCGUGUAUUGAGACCCUCACGCUAUUUUAGAGGCAUUCACCAUCCACAAAUAGCCUCAUCUUUUGUAGCCCUGGCUUGUGUCCUAAAUGGUACCCUAUUCCCUGUAGUGCACUACUUUUGACCAGGGCACAUAGGGUUCUGGUGAAAAGUAGUGCACUAUAUAUAUACACAGCAUAGGGAAUAGGGUGCCAUUCUGGACGCAGACUUAGCCUCUCUCUCCCCCUGCAUCUCAAGCAGGAAGUCACUACAUUCAACAGUUGUUUGAUUUCUGUUUCCCCAUGGCCAAGUGGUUCAGAGAGAGGCAGCGGGACACCAAUGCAACAUGUCCAGUUAUGUGGAUUAUGUGGCAGCAGCAGGCCAGAUAUAUCUAGAUAGAACCAGAUCAAAUGUUUUUUUGCCUCCUACUGAUUCCUUGGCUGUUUAAACUGCCAACAGGACACAAUGCUCAGGAUAUAACACGGCGAAGCUACUUCCUUGGUGAUGGAUUGGUAGGAACAAUGGCAGCUGACUGGAUACGUCCGAAAUGGCACCCUAUUCCCUAGACAGUGCACUACUUUUGACCAAAGCCCUAUGGGCCCCAGUCACAAGUAGUACACUAUACACGUUUGGGACGCACAAUGUGUGAUCACAUACUGUACCUACUGGGGUAAGGAUUUACCCAUGUGACUCUGAGCCAGUCUGGUGGAAUCUGAACCCCGAUCUCUCGCCCGGGAAACCUACGUCUUAACCACUUUGACCAAGUGGAAAUUCCUACUUGGGCCGAGAGGGACACUGGUUUUAAGUCAAAGGGAGGUCCAACACCUCGGCUAUACCAGCAAAACCCUGGUUGGACCUCCCAGGCCAACAACAUUCAGAAUGGAUUCUAGUAGCACGUAGCCUCUAAUCUAACUUUACAACUUGGCUAGGUGUCACAUCAUGUGGUGUAACUGUGGUUUCCCACCUAGCUCUUUGAUGAAGGCUAAUGCCUCUAUUUUAUGGCUUUGUGCAUCAACUCUGUGGAUCUGUACGUCAAACACUGGGUCUGUGUCCCAGAUGACACCCAUGGAGGGCUCCGGUCAAAAGUAAUGCACUGUAUAGGGAUUAGGGUGUCAUUUGGCACUCAACCAGUGAGCUCAUCCUAAGGCCCAAACCCUGGCAGAGCAACAGACCGAGGCACAGCGAUCUGCAGAGAAACAUACCGAGACACGGCAAUCAGCAGAGAAACGGACCGAGGCACAGCGAUCAGCAGAGAAACGAACCGAGGCACAGCGAUCAGCAGAGAAACAUACCGAGGCACAGCGAUCAGCAGAGAAACAUACCGAGGCACAGCGAUCAGCAGAGAAACAUACCGAGGCACAGCGAUCAGCAGAGAAACAUACCGAGGCACAGCGAUCAGCAGAGAAACAUACCGAGGCACAGCGAUCAGCAGAGAAACAUACCGAGGCACAGCGAUCAGCAGAGAAACAUACCGAGGCACAGCGAUCAGCAGAGAAACAUACCGAGGCACAGCGAUCAGCAGAGAAACAUACCGAGGCACAGCGAUCAGCAGAGAAACGGACCGAGGCACAGCGAUCAGCAGAGAAACAUACCGAGGCACAGCGAUCAGCAGAGAAACAUACCGAGGCACAGCGAUCAGCAGAGAAACAUACCGAGGCACAGCGAUCAGCAGAGAAACAUACCGAGGCACAGCGAUCAGCAGAGAAACAUACCGAGGCACAGCGAUCAGCAGAGAAACAUACCGAGGCACAGCGAUCAGCAGAGAAACAUACCGAGGCACAGCGAUCAGCAGAGAAACAUACCGAGGCACAGCGAUCAGCAGAGAAACGUACCGAGGCACAGCGAUCAGCAGAGAAACGGACCGAGGCACAGCGAUCAGCAGAGAAAACAUACCGAGGCACAGCGAUCAGCAGAGAAACAUACCGAGGCACAGCGAUCAGCAGAGAAACAUACCGAGGCACAGCGAUCAGCAGAGAAACAUACCGAGGCACAGCGAUCAGCAGAGAAACAUACCGAGGCACAGCGAUCAGCAGAGAAACAUACCGAGGCACAGCGAUCAGCAGAGAAACAUACCGAGGUACAGCGAUCAGCAGAGAAACAUACCGAGGCACAGCGAUCAGCAGAGAAAUGGACCGAGGCACAGCGAUCAGCAGAGAAACAUACCGAGGCACAGCGAUCAGCAGAGAAACAUACCGAGGCACAGCGAUCAGCAGAGAAACGGACCGAGGCACAGCGAUCUGCAGAGAAACAUACCGAGGCACAGCGAUCAGCAGAGAAACGGACCGAGGCACAGCGAUCAGCAGAGAAACAUACCGAGGCACAGCGAUCAGCAGAGAAACAUACCGAGGCACAGCGAUCAGCAGAGAAACGGACCGAGGCACAGCGAUCAGCAGAGAAACGGACCGAGGCACAGCGAUCAGCAGAGAAACAUACCGAGGCACAGCGAUCAGCAGAGAAACAUACCGAGGCACAGCGAUCUGCAGAGAAACGGACCGAGGCACAGCGAUCAGCAGAGAAACAUACCGAGGCACAGCGAUCAGCAGAGAAACAUACCGAGGCACAGCGAUCAGCAGAGAAACAUACCGAGGCACAGCGAUCAGCAGAGAAACAUACCGAGGCACAGCGAUCAGCAGAGAAACGGACCGAGGCACAGCGAUCAGCAGAGAAACAUACCGAGGCACAGCGAUCAGCAGAGAAACAUACCGAGGCACAGCGAUCAGCAGAGAAACAUACUGA